AACACUAACAAAUGUCUUGGAUUUCAAAAGAGAUGCUGGCCUUUGGCAUGGAGUAUUAACAAGUGUUAUGAACAGGAUGCAUGUCAUCAGUAUUCCCUAUGCAUUAAUGAAGGUUAAUCCACUUUCCUGGAUACAGAAAGUCUGCUCAUACAAAGCCCGUGUAGCAGUAGUAAAAUCACGUGAUAUGCACUGGUCACUUUUGGCUCAGAGGGAUCAGAGAGAUGUCAGUCUGAGCUCUUUACGAAUGUUAAUAGUGGCAGAUGGAGCUAAUCCAUGGUCAAUAUCUUCCUGCGAUGCAUUCCUGAAUGUAUUUCAAUCCAGAGGUUUGAGACCAGAAGUAAUCUGUCCCUGUGCUAGUUCCUCAGAGGCACUAACUGUUGCUAUUCGCAGACCUCCAGAAUUGGGUGGGCCUCCUCCAGGAAAAGCAGUGUUAUCUAUGAAUUGUCUGAGUUUCAGCGUGAUAAGAGUGGAUACAGAAGAGAAGUUGUCAGUGUUAACUGUACAGGAUGUUGGUCAGAUUAUGCCUGGAGGUAGGAAAGCAUUUCAUGUAGGUUUAAGCAUACUCCACGUUAUCUUUCCUAGUAUACUUGUACUGAUGAAUAAAUAA